AUGCCUGAGAAGUGCACGCGUUUAGUUGAAGAUUACAACAACAAAAUUGAACGAUUGUACAGAGAGUUCAUGCGAAUGACGAAUUCGAGUCACAGUCUGCAGGGCGAAGUGUUUUCGCUAACUGGCAACGAUGACUCAUCGAUAUCGAUGUUCUCGUCAAAUAUUGUUCAUCCUUUUCACGACAACUUGCUCUUUGAUGAGGCUUUUAUUCCAGCUCGUCCGCUGUACCCAGUGGAUCAUCGUGGACGAAAGAUAUAUCUAAAUGCAUAUGCCGUUGAUUUUUGGCGUUUGGAAUCGAAGAAAGCGCUUGAAAGAGAUAAUGGAAUCAGUGAAAAUAAAAUUUGGCAACUUAUACACGAUUUCUCAGUAUGUUAUUAUUUUGUUUCGCUUAAAAAAUAG